ACCGUGGCGAUGUAUGGUGUUGUGUGGUAGCUGCUACGAGCACGGCUAGACAGGCAGUAUGGCGGAGGAGGGCAGUGUGUACGAGUUAGAGGGGCUUGAAAAACAACUACAGAGUUUGUUAAGCCGUUACUCAAGCGAUGAACUGCGAGCCGACAGCAAACCGUUCUGCUCGGACUACUGCAAGCUGGUGGAGGAGUAUGCCUCUCGCUGGCAGGUGCCGCUGCCUCAGCUCAGGAUCUUUGAGGUGGCUCUCCGCUACUUCGCUCAAGCCUCCAUCUUCUUCACAUCAAACUGUGAUCAUGUGCUCCACACACUCAGUAGUCUGGCCUUGAGUGUUUUUGAGUUGCUGCUGUUCUUUGACCAGAAAGACUUCCUUCAAGAGCCACUGAAACACUUCACUGUUACAUUCCAGGAAUGUCAUUUGGCCCUUGCGAAGCAUCAGAAUGUUCACUUACUUCAGGUGGAACGUUCGGUUCGGGGUGGUGGGGCUUGGGCCAGUUCAGCCUUACAGGCAAUUCUCAGUGAGUCCAGUUUACCUCAGAAUGAAGUGGAUGGGUGCAUUAGCUCUGAGCUGCCAGUGUUCUUUGAGCUUCGAGUGCGCUACCUUUUAUCCUGUGAGCGGUUCAGUGAGGCUUUGGCCCUGGCUAAGUGUUGUGCUCAGCAUCCAACAGCAGGGCAACACUUGUUCUUCCUCCAGGUCUACCUCACAUGGCUUCACAAAACGUCACAGCAUGAUCGUCUACAUAAAGAGGUAGCUGACCUCAAUGGCAAAGAUGCUGUGCACAUCAUCUGUAGUUUGGAACGUGAAGAAAAGGAUGAGUUGCUACUUGCUCUCAGCAGAGCCUUCCUCUCCCAGCAGCUUCGAAGGGGAAACAUGUACUAUUUGUGUGAUCUUGUUUUCAUAUGGAGCAAACUCCACAGUCGGUUGAAAACAUCCAAACAAGCUCUGCUUGAGGAGAGUCGUCAACUGAUGCGGUCUGCCACCAAUGUCAACUCAAUCUUUCCAUUUAUCAGAGUGAUUCUGCAAGAGCUGGGUGAAGAUGGUAUCCAGUUUUGCGUGGAGCUUUGUGCUAAUGCCCUGGAGUCUUGCCUUCCCUGUGAUGUCGUCACCAAGUCCCUAAUCUACAAAACCAUUGCUGGCCUGCUGCCCAAUGAUCUGGAGGUUUGCCGGGCAUGUGCUCUUCUUGUCUUCUUCCUGGAACGCUCUGUUGACACCUACAAGAUGGUGUACCUGCUCUACAUGCAUCCUGACCAGGAGUACCACGUGGAGUACAGCCCCAUCAGAAAUCACAUCCGCUUCGAAACCCUGCAGGUCUUGAAGAAGGACCUGUAUUUUGACCCAGAGUUUUGGAACCUCAUUGCUUUGCGGACCAACUGUUUGAAGCUGAUGAGUGGGAAGGUGGUUGACGCUGCCCUCGAGGAAAUCAUGGAUGAAAAAUGGAUCUCUAAGUAUUGCACCAAAGAGGCCGCUUCCCGAUCAAGCGCAUCGCUAUGUCAGAAGGGAAGUAAAGGGGCAGCAGCAAGGAAGCGCCACCAUAAAGAGGACAGACAUCAUAAAGAGGAUAUAACUGAUAUGGCACCCAAAAGACUAAAGGUGGGUCAUGGCACGGCUGUAAAGAAGAAGGGCAACCAAGGGUCACGACAUAUGAAGGAAGCCUCAUCUGAACCUUUGAGGCGUUCGUUUUGGCAGCUAGACAGAAUUCAGGACAAUGUAGUGAUUCCAUAUGGAGAACAAAGACGCACUACACGGCUGUCUGAAAAGAACCCGCCAAAACGGAGGAUUCGUAAACCCAGGUGGCUUCUGGAAGACUCAGGCACUCUUGAAGAGAAUAAUGUUCCUCCGAAGAUCAAAAAGCAUGGAUUGAAACAUGGAAAACACCAUCAAUCGUCUGUCGUAAAGGGGCCCGAAUCUGGUCAGAGCAAGAACAACACAAAACACAAAGUGUCAGUAAACUCCCAUUUAAAGGCGAGGGAAAACAACACCAAGCACCAGAAAGGGUUGUCUGUGGACUCUCUUAAACCAGCCUUUACUCCACAAGUAAUUCUUGAGCUCUCACUACCAGACAAUGAACUGAUGGGUACGUUUACAGAAGACACUUGCAACAAACAGAGAGGGUUCCCUCAAAUGCUUCUUUACAAACCUACAGUGAAACUUCCUGCCGCAUCACAGCCAGUGAAGGCUGUGCAUCGCAAAGAGGUUAUUCUUAGAGCAAGGGAUGCAACUAUGUUUGUACAACAGUUGCAUUGUUAUGCUCGGCGGGAGAAAGGAAAAAGGAAUGGGUCGAAUAUUCAUGGAUCAGUAUCAACAAUCACACGCUCAUCUGUGCAGGGAAGUCCUCCCAAAGAUCCACCAAGAGAGCUUUGUGAAAAUCCUGAUGUUGAGAUGAAGGGUGGAAUUUCCUCACAGACACCAGCAGCAGCAGAAUCCCCAGUUUUAGGAAAAGUCCUUCAAAAGAAGGGUUCAGCAAGAGAGAUCUUUGAAAACUCUGCUGUUGAGAUGAAAGUUGCUGCUGCUUCACAGACAUCACCUGCACUAAAAGUUACAGAAACUUCCGUUUUAGAAAAAGUCCCUCAAGCUCAAACCACAGAAAAGAUCUCACAAACCAUAGUUUCAGCGAGAGAGCUCAGUGAAGAAUCCGCCGUUGAGAUGAAAGUCACUAUCGCUUCACAAACCACAGCAGCGGCUAAAGUGACACAAUCCCCAGUUAUCGAUAAGGCUUCUAAAGUGCAUAAUAUAAAAGAUGUCUCAAAAACCACAGCCUCAGCCGAGGCUUCACAGACCAUAACUGCACACAACAAUCAAAUGGUAGUUACUGAUGAAAUCCCUCUAGUGUCCAGUACGGCAGACAAUUCAAACACUGGAGCUCUAGGUGAACAAGAACCGAGUUCACUUUCCUCUCGGUCUGAAAGUGGCAAGAAUUAUGUAGCCCAUGUUAAAGCAGACACUUCAGGGGUGCUCACCACAGUGGUACCUAAAGACUCAGAUGGACACAUGCCCUAUAAAGAUGAACUCAAAAGGGACACAGCAGAUACAGGUGUUCAAAAAGACACAAUGUCUGGCGAGAACAUGGGGACUUUGUGUGCGAUUUCAGAGACAGAAUCUACUUGUGCACCUACAGAGCCAGACAGUAUAAAUGAUAUAUCUGCUCUGACAUUAGUAACAGAGAUGGUAACUGAAUUUACACCUGAGGAACUUGCUCGAGAUCUGGAGAAUCACAAACAACCAGUUCUGGAGGACGGUGCCUCCAAGGAGUCAACAUCAGUGCUUAAACCGAAUGUUCCUCAUAAAAUACGGACUACCUCCAGCUGCUUUGUGCCACAACAGGGGACCUCUAGAGUUGCUGACAUGCAAGGUAAAAAGAACGAGGAAACCGAUGACAUUGAUCCAGAAACACCAGAGAACAGUGAUCCAAUGGAAACAGCAGUUGAAUCAGAGGAAUCCAAGUUAGAGUUCUGUUGCAUCUUUUGCAACAAGGACUUCAGGGGUAAUCGUGUGGUAGCACAUGCAAUGUUUCAUUACCGUAAGGAUGAGUGUAUGUUCUGUGGGACAAUGUUCAAAGAUGACCUCCUGGCCAUGAUGCACCUGUCUGAUCACAUAGAGAAGCUGAAAAAGAGCAAAGAGUCAGUCGGCAACAAAGCCCAAGAAAACUGGGUGUCUGACACCAAAGAUAUCUCCACACCUAAGACCUCUGCCAAAGCUAAGACCACAAACAUGUCUUUAGGGCAUCAUAGUAGUGGGAGACCGAGGAAAUGUGCUGUCCGUCCUAAAUCUCUGAGCAAUCUAGAGUCAGGCCCAACUGAAUCAAGAAAGUUAAGAUCCAGUGACAAGCCAGCAGAUGGUCAGUUUUUACAGAAAGGAAAGGAGCAAAACAAGAACCUUGAUAGCAAAACCUCUGUUCACAAGGUAAAUGGACAUAUUAGCAAAAAGAAACAGCUUGACAGAAUGAAACAGAACACCACAAACUCGAAAACUAAGCAGCCACUUAGACAGCAGGAGAUCACUCACGACAGAACAAGUGAUGGAGCAGUUAAUCCUGGGUUACCAGAAACCCAUGAUCUCAAAGUGGAUUCCUCUACAACAUCAAUGCAGGUAGAGAAAGAGUUUGGCAGUUCCACUGAAGAUACAGUGAAGGAGACAGAAUCUCUGCAGGUCCUGAAGACAGCCACAAAACAAGACAGGAAGGUUGUUGAAGAGAAAAAUGUGGAGCCACAAGAGAAAGUUUGCUGUCCUGCGGAUGGAUGCACUUGGUUUACAGACCUGUCUAAAAAUCGCGUUGCACUCCUGUACCACGCUCUGGAUGAUCACUAUGGUGAUGUCAAACCUUUAGAACUGUCAUUUCAAAUCGGAAACAGCAGAUGCAGUAUUUGCAUGAGGGUUUUAUGGAGUUUUGAACAUUUUCAGCAUCAUGUAGAAAGACACAGACUUGCGCCUCGGCAUCCUUGCCUUCAUCAGGGUUGCACUGCCAGAUUCAAAACCGGAAUGGAAAUGAGACGCCAUGCCAGGAGGCACAGUCCACUGCAGGCAGUGUGCUGCCUCCCUGGUUGUUCUCAAUUAUUUAUUUGUCUCUGGGCACUGAACCUUCAUGAAAGAGAGCACUACGCUUCUAAACCCACUAAACCAAUCAAGAACACAAAUGUGCAAACAAAUGACAAACAUAACAGACCAGUGGAGAAGAAGCAAGAUCAUAAGCCAAAAGAUUCUACUGCUGCCACGACUGUAAAAAAGACUGUGAGUGUCAAGACUGCUCGUAAAUUAAGAAGACAAGCUUCUCAUAGUUCAUCAACAGGAAGAAAUCUUAGUGUUCCUUCUCUCUCCUCUGUCAAAUCAUGUCUGUUGAAACAAGAGAGAAAUGAGACCAAGGAUUCCAAUGUGUUGAAGAAUCUCUCUAACAAGGACACCACCGGGGAGUCAACUGUUCCUAACCUGAGAUUAAGGCAAACAUUACGAAAAGGGCAAGUAGCAAGAACAAAUCUGACAGCUCCCAAAACUCACAAAGUCUUCUCAUCAUCUUUGUUAAAACACAACAGCAAAGUGAGGCACAAGCUAAAGAAAAAGCUGGUCAAAGUAAACACAAAAGGUCCUAAAAGAAGAGGGCGUCCUCCUAAGUCAAAGAAAGCUGUGCACGAUGAAAACACUACUACUAGUCGAAACAAUGAAUCUGUCAAAGCGAAAACUGCUCAGCUUCCUACAAAUACUACUGAAACAGCAGAAACUUCAACAGUUAGCAACAAGUUUCAAGAAGAAAAGAGCCAGCAUGUUCAAGAUGUAGUAAAAAUGAUAGAAACGUCAACAAAUGAACCGAAAUCAGUGAACAAGCAGAUUAAGAGCAAUCAUGUUAAACAAAAGAUCUCACAUAAUAAAUCUACACCUGCUGAUACAGCUAAGAGUUUAAAUGAGUCAAUCAUCACCACGUCAGCAAACAAAACACAGAUGUUAACUGCUGACAAAGUGAAGAAAUCGCAUAUUACAAAAAAACGCUGUGCUCCUGAAGAAGGCAGUACUGUUUCUUUGGACUCCAGUAAAUCAAAGAAGCACAAGGUUACAAACAGCAAAGUCAACACAAAGACUGUCAACAAAAAAUGUCCUCGCAAAGAUCUGGGCGUCUCUACAGCCUCAAAACUUGCCAAGUCAAAAUCUGAGGCCAAAGCAGCAGUAGCAGCAGCAGCAGCAGUAGUAGAAAGUCUUGCUGAUGAGCAGGGAAAGGCAAAGGCGGAAAACACAGACUCAACACAAAACAGUCCUGGUAACAGUUUCAAAGAAAUAACUUCACCACACACCACCUCAGGAGAGAAAAAGCAGAAGUUGACAACAAAGGAAAAAUCUAAGAAAUCUCAUAGUCCCAAAGAAAAGAAUACUCAAGCUGCUUCCUCUGACUCAGGCAAAGCAAAUAAGAAGCACAAAGUUAUAAAUAAAAAAGAGGGCAAAAAGACUGUCAAGGAAAGACGGCCAUGCAAAGACCCGAGCAAAACAUCUGCUUCAAAAAAGACUGCAAAGUCUAAAUCUGUAGUCCAACAGGUUGAGGCCCAAGCAGCAGCAGCAGCAGCAGCAGCAGCAGCAGCAGCAGCAGGAGAGAGCUGUCCCAAUGUGGAAGGAAAAGCAAAGGAGGAAACCUCAGACGCAACACUCGAAAGCCCCGGUUCCUCCUGCAUAUCUGCUGUUACUUCUAACAGUGUAAAUGAAACAACUUCCCCACCAACUGCCUCUGAAGAGAACAAACACAAGGAAGCAAAGAAAUCUAAUAUGAAAAAAUCUGACCCCAACAAAGCAAAGGUGAUUAAGAAAGAUGGUGAUAUGAAGACUGUCAAGAAAAAAUGUCCACGUAAAGAUGAGGGUGCUCCGUCAGUCUGUAAAAAGCCUGUUAAGUCAAAAACUAAAAUCCAACAUGGCAAAGCAGAGGAACGAGCAGAAAGCGAAGAUGAAAAAUCCACCGUGUGUAUAGACACUUUGGCCGAGUACGGAAAGAAGCCGUACAUGCGUCUCCCGCCGACAGCGUACCUCGACGAGAAGUUCAUCACCAUGCCAAAACGAAGGAAGGAGAUGCUGUCUUUCCAGACGUCUCAAAGAAACCCCCCUCCUGAGCGGGCUGAUGUUACAGCGGCUCCGCAGAGACAAAGAUGUGCCAACUGUUUCGCUACUUUCAACAACACCGAGGAGCUGCAGAGUCACCUCCGGCUGCAGAGUUGCUCCAACCUCUUUGGGUUUGACUCUGAUGACGAAGGCAACAGUUGAAUUUGUCUACUUAAUUCAAAGUGACUUGACAUUUUGGAUGCAUAAUCGAGUGGCCUGUGGACCCGCAUGGAGCUCCUGGAUGGAUCAUACCUCAACAGAUCUCUUGACGACUUUCUCAUUAUUUUGGGCAAAGACUUGUACAUCUGGAGUUGCCAGAAGAAGAGAGCGAGAACUGAAAGGGUUACCCGACUUUCGCUGCAGCAUGUGCCUGGGCAUGUGCAAGGCCCGGGAGCGGCCAGAACACAUAAAAUAGCCAAUCAAUAAAAGACUACUGAACAGAAUCCCAUUUGGACUUUUUAGCAGAACAGCUAGUACUGAAGUGCCUGCUCUGGAACCAGUUUCCAGCUGCUUCAACUGGUAAUGGAGAUUAAACAUUGUGGCUUAAAAGACUGGACUCUUGAAAGCUGUGAAAGAAACUGACGAAGACAAGGCUGCUCCUGCUAUCACUAGGAUACAUAUUUUUCGCAUCAGUAAGCCAUAAAAUUGCAUUGUUUGCUUUUUGCACUCUUCUCAUAAGAUUUUGUUUCUGCCUAAACUCUCAAAGUGAUGGGGAUUGUACAAUGAAGCGUCUUAAAAGUUCCUGCUUUUUUAACAUCUUAUAAUUAAAUACAUAAUUUAGACUGAGUCUAAACUUUGAAAAGUUGUAAGAUUGCUGUAUCAGUCUUCUUUAGAAAGUUUUUAGGAAUAAUUCUUGUUUAAAUACUUACUGUAUUUCUUACACAAAAUUCCCCAUAGAGUUGAUUAGGUCUUUGCUGCUUGUCCUUACCAUGAGUAACCAGUAGGGGUCAGCGUGCGCUCAGCCUCAUUAUGUUAACUUUUUUCCCCCUCUUGCUGAACACAAGACAAUAUUGUUCGCUCGUUUUUUGCAGCAGAAAGAUUUCUACAUUUGUAGCUGCUCCACUGUAUUAAUCACUGUAUGGUUUAACUUCCAGUCACAUCCAAUCAAGCUUUAUUUCCUUUAGCAAUAACAACUACUAACCACAGUUGGUGCCAGUAUCCACACAGUAUAUUGCAGGAUGCUGCCUCUGAUCAUGUCUCUCAGUCGCUGUCAGUGGAGCAGUUCAAAUUCUGGCUGUUUAUAUUUUCUCAUUUUUAACUUAACAGGACUGUCCAAGACCAUAGAAACGUUGUGAUUUCUCUUUUAGGCUGAAUGUUGUCUUUUAGGAUUCCUUCAACGAGACAGACGUGGCAGUCGUGAACAACCAUAGUUUUAAGUGUUACCAGGAGGCCACACCUGUCUUUCAUGAGCAGCAGCAGCAGGUUAUAUUUAUUUAUGUUUUAUUUUCUAUCUUUUGUAAAUAUUUGAAGAGUUUCAAUGGCUUAUUAUAUAAGGGGGUGUUGGAGCUGGGUUUAUAUUUUGUUCUUGAAGAAAAAAUAAAACUUAUUUGAAAAUGG